UAUGCUUCGUCGUGGCUUAGACAGCGGACAAAAUCGCAUUGGACAAAUAAUAUAUAUGUAAAAGCAUAUACUUAAUAGUAUAUACUCGUAUUUUGUUUCUGUUACAUUGCUGUAACACCCACAAUAGUGUGUGUUUGAAAUAUGUGGUUGGAUCAGUGCAUAUAACGAAGUGAAGUGAUAUGUAUAUUUCCAAAUGCAUUGAAUAUUAAUUAAAUUUUUUUCCCAACUUUAAGUCUGUGCACCUUUACAAACAUGUUAAUUUACUUGCUUAUGCUUUGUGCUUUAAAAAGCGCAUCUUGUGGUGAAAAUGAGUUGCUUACUCAAACUGUUUAUGGAUUUUUGGACUUUACCACUACCAUUGGGAACACCGUAAUGGUAUUUUCUCCCCAAAGCUCCCCCCACUUUGAACUAAAACCUAACAACACAAACAACAUUAUUAAUAUUAUUGAAACCAAGCCAAAAUUUUCGAAAAAAGAAAAGGAAAAGGAGGUAAUUAAACCUACGCCUCUAAUUUUGAGUCAGUCAAAUGUUCCUCCCGAAACAUUUACGUCCAAGAGCGAAUCCUACAAUACAAGUAUAUCGAAUUCCCCAAUCCAAACACUUCUGAGCACCCCCGAAUACGAUUUGCUUUCGCGACAGCCCGAGCAGUUUGCCGAGGAAUCGUAUCGCGUGGUUAACUUUAAGGGCAAAAACGAAGCUGAGAGGCAAAGAAAUUAUCUGUCCAAAAAGGAGAGUGUCCAUGGUUAUCAGACACGGGUAGCUGAUGGCAACGCUAGAAAUGGUGUAACUUCAACAAAGGAAUCUGGUCGUUUUACAAAAGUUCCUCAGUCCAUAUCUUCAUCGAAUGCCGAGAAAAAGAGCAAGCCUAGGCAGACCAGAAUUAAUAAGACAUCAACGAUUCAGCCCAGUAAGACUAUAAAAGAAUCAACAUCAUCUCAGACUCUGGUCUCAAAAAAUUCACGGAAAAAUCAACAAGGAAGUCGGGAUCACAGAGUAUCCAGCACCAGAAAAUCUUCUCGUCCAAAAGGAAAAAGGAGACAUAAAUCAACUCAAAACAGCAAGAUAAUAAUAACUCCAUCAACAACGGAAACUACCCGUCACUCAUAUCGUUCCAAAGUAACAAGUCUACAGGAAGAGUCCGUUACAGCUCCAAGUGCAGGCACGUUCAAACUAAAUAGGCGACCUGGUCGAUGGCAAUAUAAAACCUCCGCAAAGCCCAAAGUUAAUAUUAGGAAAAAUACAAGCUCGAACAGUCCGAUCGCCAUCCAAAAUAAUGAUACGGUCCACGUGGAUCAAAACAUAUCAGAGGUUCCCAUAAACGGCGAGGGUUCAGAGCAGAUUCUGAAGGCUUUAAACAGUGGAAGGGAUUUGGAAGCUUCUGGUUCCCAAAAUGGGCCUGUGGCCAAUAAUAACGAAAACGACGAUCAAAAAUCAAAGUACUUUGUGCAAACAUUAAAUGUAGAGAUAUCGACACCAAAGCCUUUUAUUGACACUUACUAUGAAAUUGCUACAAUUAAAAGCCCGUUUAUAUUCCAGGCGGGAGUGGUAAAAAAAACGAGAUUCUUGACCGUCACAUCAACUAUAGAGAAGGUAAUAAGGGAAGAGCACACAAAAGAAUACUCUGAAGAUGAUGGCCCUCUGACCGAGAAUAUUUUGGAGUCGACGGCUCAGACAGACGAGAAACCAUUAGAUGGAAGUAUAUCGACGCUGAAACCCAUUUAUAUUGAAGAUGGUUCAGAGACGCCUAGCUUGGAAACAAUAACCGAAUCGUUUUCCAUAACAAAAAUCAAACUUAAAACGCAGAUUCUUCCUAUAAUUAAUGAAAAAAGAAAUGAAACGAUUCAAGUAACAUUGGUGCAAACAUAUGAUUAUACCAGCCUUAUAACAGUUACUCAAACCAUAUCACCAUUGAGCGAAGAUUUUAGUCCUUCUAAGAACUUUAAGGACUUCGAAGGAAACUUAGACGAAGCUGGUUCCGAGCUGAACUUGGAUCUGGAGUUUGGCGAUGAGGAUAAUACCGGAAAGUUUGAUGCGAAAAUAAAACCGAAAAAUAAAGUAGACAUCAAGAGUGGAAGCAACCUAACCCUAACCAACCCAUUGAUUCCCGAAAAUCUACAUUUUACCGAAAGCCAACCAAUCCAAAACAAUUUUAUAACCUCAACGCGUCCAGUUAUAAAGCUUGAAACAAUUUGGGAGUCGCAUGUUGUACCUUUAGUGAGAGGGACUGAGACCAUUAUGAGAACCCUCUCCAAGUCUGUUGGAGUAGUUGAGAAAACAGAAUACGUUACCGACAUUACCCCACUUUCAGUGCCAACAUCACAAUUUCCAUUUUCAAUAAAUCCUUUCUACAACCCUUUGUUGCCCAUGCAGCCACAGCAGCUGAUAACGUCUACUGAAAUUCUGCAAACAAUGGCAACAGAGACUAGCUCGAAGGUUUUGAAAUUGACAUUUGGUGCGCGAACCGCAUAUACCACAAUAUUUUCAACUUCCGUUGUACCAACACAAGUUACUAAAUUAAUUACUGCAACUAUUCCUGUUCAGCACUCUGGAUCUUUUCCCAACUUCUAUCCACCCCCAUAUAAUCCAUUUGCAUAUGUUGGUUAAUAUUUAAAUAGAUGUAAGGACGAGCACCUAAACCAAUACUCUAUUGCACUAAUUAUAAAUUUUUGUUUUAACGAUUAAGUUUGUGUUCAAAUGUUGAAAGGCGGUGAUAAAAUGCAAUACAAUAGAUUUUAUUAGUUUUAAUAUGCUUCUCUUUGUCACAAGAAAGUUCAGAUGUAAUUGUAUAUAUUUAUUUUAAGAUUAUAGAUAAGCUGUAUUCAAACUAUUUACGUACGCGUAAAUAUGGUCGUAGUUUUGGUUCAACUUCUCGGAUAAUAAAUUUUUAUACUUUUC